AUGUCCGACUCAGAUUCCAAGCGGUCAAUUCCGCAAUGGCAACGGCAGCAUUCGUCCUCUCCACCAGCAUCUGAUGGCAAGGACGCCGAGAACGACGUUGAUCGGUCAACGCUGCUGGAGCAAGCUUCGAAGUUCCUCCAGGACGACUCAAUUCGGGAUGAGUCUACUGAUCGCAAGAUUGCUUUCUUAGAGUCAAAGGGUCUCACGGCUCCGGAAAUCGACAACCUGCUAGGUGUAUCGCGAAACCCGGAGGCCAGCGCCGUCGCCAGCAGCGGCUCGGCCGAGGAGACCAAGGGCACUUCAAGUUCAGAGGCCUCCGCAGAGACUUCAGAGACCCCAGUGGCCUCCAAUCGAACUUCCUCUGCUUCGGCAUUGCCUGCUCCCUCUUCAGACAAUAACCAAGUCAACUUCGCAGCGCGCCGCGAUGUCCCCCCGAUCAUCACCUACCCCGAAUUCCUUCUCCACCAAUCCAAGCCGCCACCUCUUGUCACGCUCCAGAGCGUUCUAUAUACCCUCUACGGUGCCGCGGGCCUCGGAGCCACUAUCUAUGGCGCAAGUGAAUACAUCGUGAAGCCGAUGCUCGCAACCCUCACAGACGCCCGCCUCGACCUAGCCGGAACCACCGAGGAAAAUCUGAAGAAGCUCAACGAAAAACUAGAACAAAACGUCUCCCAGCUCCCACCCAGUCUUCUCGCCUCUAAAUCCACUGCACCUUCUAUCGAUGACACCGAAGAUGACGUGGAAUCCAUAACCUCGGACCCAACUGAGCUCUUCCAUCGGGACAUUGGCACCCAGACAUCCCAGGACCUCGUCCAACCCCCCUCUGCUGCGGCGGAUACAUCCUCGGCAACAGACCCAAAGUCAGUCGACCCAACAGCAACAAUAACAACGCAUCAAAAACGCCUCGAAUCAAUCGGCUCCCGCCUCCGCGAGGUUGAGGACGCCCAGUCCCAAUCCAGCACCCUCCACGAUACAACCCGCAGUCGCAUCAGCGAUCUCCAGCGCUACCUCGACGGCCUCCUUUACUCCAAAAACUCAUACCCUUACACUGCGACAACGGGGUACGGAGCCUUCAGCACCCCAGGUCUAGACUCUGGUAGCGCUGCGGCAACGGGUGUCGGAAAGGCCGAAGAGGAUGCGAUAUCUAACUUUAGGGCUGAUAUUCGGGGCGUUAAGGGAGCUUUGCUUAGUGCGAGGAAUUUCCCCUCAGGGAGAUCCGCGGGCUUGAGAUCUUCAUUUGCUCGGUGA